CCAGACACAUCCUAAGAACUUCCACGUGCCAAUGUGCAAAAUAAAUCAAAGUAAAGUUUUAGCGGGACGCAGGCUGCAAAUAAACAACUUCCUGACCACUCCUGUGCCGUGAAAAUUCACCAGAAACUCACAGUAAUUUCCCAUUGCACCGUAAAACGUGUAGUUUAGGGCAGAAAAGGUGGAAAGUUCAGGGGAAAACGUGAAGAAACUUUGCACCGUCCGGAACAAUGACACUGGCUGAAUUUUUUGGAUGCGCCUGCCUGGCUUUUGGGGCCCCACUGGCCAUGUUCACCUUCACAAUUGCCCACGAUCCCAUUCGCAUAAUCAUCCUCAUUGCAGCAGCCUUCUUUUGGCUCCUUGCAUUACUUCUUUCAUCCUUGGUGUGGUUUAUUGUUGUGCCUUUUCGUGGCUUCCUUGCCUUUGGGCUGGUCUUCUCCGUCAUCUAUCAGGAAGCCUUCCGGUAUGUGAUUUACAAGAUCCUGCGGAAGACAGAGAAGGGAUUGCAGGAAGUGGCGGACAAUGUGAGAGUGACGGAGAAUAAGCAUAUCCUCGCCUAUGUUUCCGGGCUGGGAUUUGGCAUUAUAAGUGGAGCAUUUGCCAUUAUUAACAUCCUUGCGGAUGCUGUUGGUCCAGCGACGAUGGGUCUGCUGAGUGGUUCGGAAAUCUUCUUCCUGACAAGUUCCGCCCAGACACUGUGCACCAUCCUCCUGCACACCUUCUGGAGCGUCAUCUUCUUCAAUGCUCUCGAUACCAGCAGGUACACCCACAUUGCGUACGUUGUACUGAGUCAUCUCUUCGUGUCGUGCCUGACCCUCCUCAAUCGGCGCGAACUCUACUGGGCCACCCUCCUGCCCAACUACACCAUCCUCCUUGUCACGGCAAUUAUGGCCUUUCGCGUUGUCGGUGGCUCAAUGCUCUCCUUCCGACGCUUCAUUACGUGCAAAUAAGACCCUCGCGUAUUCCUCUAGCAGACUGCUGACUGCUGCCUGAUGCUUCCUUCCCACGUUCACGCAAAAACUCAAUUAAAAUUCCCGCCCCAAACACAUUAUAUUGCUCUAAUUUAAUAAAAUGAUUUUCGCGCUCUUUGUAAAUUAUCAUAAAUGUUUAUAUACAUACAAUUACAUUCUACUUAAACAAAGUAGAAAAAAAAGAAUUAAAUUAUUAUUAUAAAAAAAUCAAUUCAUUUUGUCAAAUAAAAGAAAAUUGUGUUCUUUUUUUGCAUAAAAAAAAAGAAAAACAAA